AUGGAAUUUUUAGAAAAUUUGGAGCAUUUUCUUGAUACAUACGAUCUUACUCUUUCUGAAUUAGACUCUGAAGAAUUGGAUGAAAGUUCUCAAUUAGACAAAUCAAGCGAUGAAGAUAUUAUAGACGAGGAGCCUAAGAAUAUUAUGAGAAUUUCUGAAACGGAUGUAAAUGAUCUUAUUAAAAAACUUCAAGAAUGCUGUUUAUGUGAAACAAAAUAUAGUGAGAAGAUUUUAUCAGAUUUUCUAAAAUCUUUAGUAUUAGAAA